AUGAUUGGAGACAUUAUCGGGCAGCCAGGCCGAAGGGCAGUUCGGCAACUGUUGCCGGAUUUGCGACAGGAACUGAGCCUAGACAUGGUUGUGGCCAACGGGGAGAACACCGCUGGGGGCUUUGGAAUUACCCUGGAGACGGCCGAGGAAUUGCUGGAUAGUGGUGUGGAUAUCUUGACCUCCGGAAACCAUAUCUGGGACCAGAAGGAAAUUAUCCCCCAUAUGGAUGAAGGUCUCCCUCUCAUUCGGCCAGCUAAUUACCCUGAUGCCCCGGGGAGAGGCUAUCUGGUGCAGGAUGGGGUGAUGGUGCUUAACUUGAUGGGAAGGGUGUUCAUGCCGACUCUGGAUUGUCCAUUCAGGACUGCCACUGCGGUAUUGGCUGAGGCCGAAGCGGAGCAUUCGCCGCAAGUUAUUAUUGUCGAUUUUCACGCCGAGGCAACCUCCGAAAAGCAGGGGCUAGGCUGGUACCUUGAUGGCAGGGUCAGCGCUGUAUUGGGUACUCACACGCAUGUAGGAACAGUGGACGCUCGUAUCUUGCCAAAAGGAACCGCAUUCUUAACUGACGUGGGUAUGACCGGGCCAUUCAAUUCCGUAAUCGGCAGCGACACGGACGCAGUGCUCGACCGCUUCCUCACCGGCCUUCCGCAGCGUUUGUCAGUAGCGAGAGGGCCGGUUAUUCUCAACUCGGUAUUGAUUGAAGUAGAUGACGGCACCGGUAAAGCCUUAUCGAUCCAAAGAAUUGACCGAAUGGUGGAUUAG